ACACGAAACCAGGUGGAAUUGUUAUUCAAAUGAUUUCAUUGUUGGCUGAAGAUAAUACUGAUACUAACACAUCCAUAUCUGCCACACAGAGCUCUACAUUUACUGCUCAUUUAGAACAAAUGACUGUCUCAGCAAACGAGGACACAAUCACACAGUCCACUGUCUUUGUUAGAUGCGCGCCUGUUUCAGCAAAAUUCACAAAUUCCCUCCAACACAACGUCCGGCCCACUGUGCGGCUCCACCAAUGAGCUCCGAGGGCCUGCGCAGUGGUAUUAGCAUACAGCCUGUAUAAAAAGCGCUGCUCUCAGUCACGGAGCUCAUUCGUCGAGUAUCGAGGAAAGAAAAUGCCUGAACCCGCCAAGUCAGCGCCCAAGAAAGGCUCCAAGAAAGCCGUGACCAAGACCGCCGGCAAGGGCGGCAAGAAGAAGAGAAAGACCAGGAAGGAGAGCUACGCCAUCUACGUGUACAAGGUGCUGAAGCAGGUCCACCCCGACACCGGGAUCUCCUCCAAAGCCAUGAGCAUCAUGAACUCGUUUGUCAACGAUAUCUUCGAGCGCAUCGCUGCCGAGGCAUCUCGCCUGGCCCACUACAACAAACGCUCCACCAUCACCUCCAGGGAGAUCCAGACCGCAGUGCGCCUGCUUCUCCCCGGUGAGCUGGCCAAGCACGCCGUGUCUGAGGGCACCAAGGCCGUCACCAAGUACACCAGCUCCAAAUAAGCUGACUGGCCGUCAGACGUCAACACAACGGCUCUUUUCAGAGCCACACA